AUGGCCUCCAAGACAAUUGUCACCACGAGCAAGCCUACCGACUUUCCCUCCCUGCUCCGCCAGAAACUCUCCACUACGCAGACGGUUGAGAGACACAAGGUCCAGACUGAGGCCUUGAUCCAAGAGACAUGUGAAAAGUGUGGUCGCAAGGAGGUCCGGUUCACCAGCGUUCAGCUGCGAAGUGCCGAUGAAGGUGCUACCAACUUUUAUACAUGCGAAUGUGGUCACAAAUGGAGCCACAACAACUGA